CUUCUCCUCCCUGUAGUUGAGGAGCAGGUGUCCCCACAGAAGGAGGAACAUGCCAUAAAGGCAGUGGAACGAACGGCUCGUGGCCAGUCUGCCUUCAGCGAUGGCAAUUCUAAAUGGUUGGCUCCAGCCAAAGCCAAGAAAAUCACAUCUAAAGGAAACAACGUGGAGUUAUCCAGCGAUGGUGAGGUGGAGGAGGGCAGCUGGGAGAUGGAGGAGGAGGAAGAUGAGGAUGGGAGCAGCGAGGAGAUGGUGGAUGAUUACGGUGCCUCAUCAUCAGAAGAAGAGUUGCUGCCUAUCGAGAAAGCUGCCCUGAAGCGAAAGUCUGACAGGUGAGGAUGCCUCAGUGAAGAUGACAGUGAAGAGGAGGAGGAGGCAGAGGAGGCAAGCAGGCAGAAAAUGGGACAGAAGGAGGAAGAGAGCUCGGAUCUGCAGCUCAACCUGGAUAUAGAUGAAGAAUUUAAACUGCCGACUAAUGAGCAGAUUGAGAGAGAGGCUGCUGAGCCACCCGACCUGCACGUCAUUCACCAGCGUAUCAAGGGCAACAUGGAGGUGCUGCAGGACUUCGGGGCGAAGCGGGAGGAAGGACGCACACGACAGGAGUACCUCGCGUUGUUGCGCAGGGACAUGGCUGCCUACUAUUCCUACAGUGACUUCUUGCUCUUGAAGCUGAUGGACAUCUUCCCGCUCCCCGAGCUGAUAAACUUCCUGGAAGCCAAUGAGGUUCCCCGCCCUGUGACCAUUCGCACCAACACACUCAAGACACGGCGACGGGACCUGGCACAGGCUCUAAUCAACCGUGGUGUGAAUCUUGAUCCCUUGGGGAAGUGGUCGAAAACGGGACUUGUUAUUUAUGAUUCCUCUGUGCCCAUUGGUGCCACCCCAGAGUAUCUGGCUGGGCACUACAUGCUGCAAGGGGCCUCCAGUCUCCUGCCUGUCAUGGCUCUGGCUCCACAGGAGAACGAACGCAUCCUGGAUAUGUGCUGUGCCCCGGGGGGCAAGACCAGCUACAUAGCUCAGCUUAUGAAGAACACGGGUAUGAUCUUGGCUAACGACAGCAAUGCCGAGCGGCUGCGUAGCGUGGUAGGAAACUUGCACCGGCUGGGAGUCACCAAUGCCGUAGUGAGUAACUGCGAUGGACGCCAGUUCCCCAAGGUCCUUGGAGGGUUCGACCGUGUCUUGCUUGAUGCUCCGUGUAGUGGAACAGGCGUCAUUUCCAAGGAUCCUGCUGUCAAAACCAACAAGGACGAGAAAGACAUCCUGCGCUGUGCUCACCUGCAGAAGGAACUGAUUCUUAGCGCUAUAGAUUCAGUCAAUGCUGCCUCAGAGACAGGGGGCUACAUUGUCUACUGCACUUGCUCCAUCACGGUCGAGGAGAAUGAGUGGGUUGUGGAUUAUGCCCUGAAGAAACGCAACGUUCGUCUGGUGGCCACAGGCCUGGACUUUGGCAAAGAAGGCUUCACCAGGUUCAAGGAUCGUCGCUUUCACCCCUCCCUCAAGUCUACGCGGCGUUUCUAUCCCCACACGCACAAUAUGGAUGGGUUCUUUAUUGCCAAAUUCAAGAAAUUCUCUAAUGCCAUCCCGCAGGCCCAAAAAGAUGAAGAAUCCACUGUGGAAGCACCAACUCCGUCUGCUGUCCCUGAUACUGUCAUGGAGCCUCAGCCAAAAAAGAAGAAACUUGAGGGAUCAAAAGUUGGCAAAGAGCAGAAGGCACCACAGCCUGCUUUGAAGAAGAGACAUUCAUUGCAGGCACAGAGGAGACCCUUGAAGGCUGGCCGGCCUUCUCCCAAAAUGAUGCGUCCUCAAGGCCCUACCAGGAAGAAGCACAGGGUGAAACCAAAUGGACGGUGA